GGAGGAAGGGCAAGAAGUCUUCGGAGAGGGCGGCGCUCGCGCAGUCACAAGCGUGUCAAAGUUAGCGCACCCCCGCAGCGUUUGCGGGACUUGACACAGACUUGUGCGGCCGGACGGAGCGCGCAGAGAGAGAGAGAGACGCGCCGUGGAGGCUGAGGAACACGUCUUCUAUAUGCGGCUGAAAAAAGGCCUGGAGGCUGCAGGAUGGAUCCCCCAGAGUUGGACCUGCUUGAAGCGAACAGCGAGGAGCUCCAGCUGAGAGUGGACCUCUUCAGGAAACUGGGUUACCGCUCAGCAGAGGUGAAGGCCGCUCUCAGGAAGCUGGGCCUGAGCACAGACACCAACUCGGUGCUGGGAGAGCUGGUUCUGAGCAGGACCGACGCCGCGCCGUGUGCAACCGGUCCCGAGCCGGCAGGCCGGAAGGACCCCCUGCUGCCUCCCAGUUGGGCCGUUGGACCGUGCGGGGUCAACCUCUAUCCGGGCGACCGGAAGAACACCGACACAGAACUAAGACCCAUCGUGAUUGACGGCAGCAACGUCGCAAUGAGCCACGGCAACAAGGAAGUGUUCUCGUGCCGCGGCAUCCAGCUGGCGGUGAACUUCUUUCUGGACAGAGGUCACACUGCCGUUACCGUGUUUGUUCCCACCUGGCGCAAAGAGCAGCCCAGACCGGACAGCCCCAUAACAGAUCAACACAUCCUGCUGGAGUUUGAAAAACGGAAAAUAGUGGUCUUCACUCCGUCGCGCCGGGUCGGUGGUAAGCGAGUGGUCUGCUACGACGACCGCUUCAUCGUCAAGUUGGCGUACGAUUCCGACGGAGUGAUCGUAUCCAAUGACACCUACCGAGACCUGCAAGGAGAAAGAUCCGAGUGGAAGAAAUGCAUUGAGGAGAGGCUCCUCAUGUUCUCGUUUGUGAACGACAAGUUCAUGCCCCCGGAUGACCCCCUGGGUCGCCAUGGCCCCAGUCUCGACAACUUCCUUCGGAAAAAGCCACUGCCUGCCGAGCAAAAGCGACAGCUGUGUCCUUACGACAAAAAGUGUACUUACGGUAUGAAAUGCAAGUUCUACCACCCAGAGCGGUCGAACCAGGCCUACCUGUCCCUGGCUGAUGAAUUGAGAGAAAAAGCCCAGAUUUCUACUGUAAAAGAACAGGGGAAUGCCAGAAUAUCACCCAGACCGAUUCCGUCUGAUCCAGGCCCUGCUCACAACGCCUUCUCCGAUGCCAAAGACCCUAACACAGAGCACACAAGAUCCCAGCACAGUUCUUCACACACAGGUCAGUUUUGUGAAAAUGCACGGUACUGGGAGGACCCGGGAAAAAGUCCAAUUCAAAUGCCGCCUCGAGUAACAGGAAGCCUGACAGAGUGGCCCGGCCUGCACUCCACGCCAAAUCAGUACUACCCCAACGUCUCUCACGAGUACCUGGACUCUGGCUUCGGCUCUUGUGAGAGUCAGUACUCUGACUAUUCGCACUGCGUCAGCAACUCCCUGAGGCGCAGGCCUCCGCAGCAAAGUUCUCCCGGCGGGCCCAGCCACGCCCCCCUGAAUGGAGAGGAAAAUAACACCGGCCAGACCUGCAGGUGCUGUUCCCACGAAGAACCAGCUCACCAGCGGCAUCACGGAGGCCAGGACGCCAAGCGUCAGCCCAAACACGACGCCUACCCUCCUCACGUGUUCCCGCACCAAAACCACUUUUCCAGCCACCUCCACUACGGCGCAGCCCCACAUCAUCAGCAACAGUACUGGUCCGAUCCCUUCCAGGUGCUGCCCCAAGCCAGGACCUCAAGCCCGGGCCAUUCAUCACACCCUUACAGCGGCGCUUACGAAGGCCCACAGUACCACUCGUGGGGCCAACAGCAGUCGCCGCAAGCCGCCUACGACCCACAAAGGUUGGAACUUCGCAGAAGGCUGCAAGCCAUCUUCCCCCCGCAGCAGGUCGAUGCAGUCAUGGGAAUGUUUCCACACGUGAUGAAUGCUGAGAAACUGGCCGCAGAGAUCCUCAACCGUAAGGCUCAGCGAGGGGUGUUCUGAUGAUUCCUCUGGUCAUUUCCUUCUUUUGUCAGAACACGGCCGUCGCGUUGAGUCUCUAUCGCAGGAAAGAAGGAACCUCUCGAGACCUCUUAAGACUUUAAAAGCGUCUACAGUGGAGGGAUCGGUAAUGUCAUUGAAAAGAUGUUUCAUUCUGUGGAAUGAAUGCAAUUUGUCUUCCUAUUUCUGCAUUCUGUUAUUUGCAUUUUGACUUUAUUGAACUCAAAUGUUACCCUGUCAUCCUAUCUUUUGGAUGCCUGGAAACAAAACGUUUAUGUCUCGUGUGAGUUUGAGCCGUUUGGCUUUUGAUGCAUAUUGUGUCAAUGUGAUACGAUUUUUUAUCUUCUUUUUUUUGCCAUAAAUAAGUUUGUGCAAUAAGAAAACCCUUCAUAAAGUAUUACAUUUUACUUUACUCGCCAUAGUUCUCCAGUUUUCUCUUCAAUAGGAUCUCAAUAGGUCGAUGCAUUCAGAUGGUGUCAAUCCAGUCCAGGAUCCGGGCUCGCGGUUUGUAUUUACAAUGAAACCAUAACCUAACAAGGAAAAAAAGAACAAGACUUUGACACAAGCAAAAGUAAACUCAGCAUCCGUUCCAAGAAUCAUUCUCAGAACAGUGUUGCUGCAAUAGACCGGUAUUUAUUGCACUGUGCAAUUGAAAGGUGACAGGUUUGAUGUGGAAUCUAAUCCUCAUAAAAAUUGUUCUCUUGGAAAGUAUGUGAAUAUAAACUGUGAGGUAAAUGCUAGUCGGCGUAACAAGGAAUGAAAUAAACACAAAGGAAUAAA